AUGGUUAUGAUGGUGAUUGUUUUUUUCUGUGGUACUCGCAUUUUUGUCUUCUAAUUCUCCUCUGCAAAUUUAACAUUCGCAUUAAUCUAAUAUAUUAUUACCCCAUUAAUUACGUCUGCAACCACGACUUCUUCCAGAAUUAACAUUUUCUUCUUCUUCUUCUUCUUCUACUCGUAAAUACAUCAAAAUUUCCCAGUUGAAAUUGAUAAUUUCUUCUUUGUAUUAUUUCGGGUUUUUCCUGUGAUUUCUGGGUAUGGAUAGCACGUUGGGGCUUCUCAGAAUUCGGCUUCAAAGAGGAUAUAAUCUUGCCGUUCGCGACACCUGCUCCAGUGAUCCUUAUGUCGUCAUAACCAUGGGCGAACAGAAAUUGAAGAGUCGCGUCGUGAAAAAGAACUGCAAUCCUGAAUGGAAUGAUGAAUUCACCCUCUCCAUUACAGAUCCUAAUAUUCCCAUCCAUUUGACAGUUUAUGACAAGGAUACAUUCACUGUGGAUGACAAAAUGGGGGAUGCAGAUAUAGACAUUAAACCCUACUUAGCAGCCAUACAGAUGGGUUUGUCAAAUCUACCAAAUGGGUGUGCAAUCAAGAGAAUUCAACCCGGCAAGAACAACUGCCUGGCCGACGAGAGCAGCGUCGUCUGGAACAACGGCAAGAUCACCCAAGACAUGCGCUUAAAACUGCGAAACGUUGAGUGCGGCGAAGUUGGAAUCCAACUCGAAUGGAUUGAAGUUCCUGGUUGCAAGGGUUUGGGAAGUGAAGGUAAUGGGAAUCAUCAUAAGAGCGGUUUGAUGGAAUCGGAUAUUGAAGGGGGAAAUCUUUGUUUCCCUCGUCCACAUCGCAAGCCAUUUCACCAUGGUAAAAGCCGGUUGACCUUCUAAAAACCCUUGAAGAUGGAGAACCAGUUCCAUCUCAUCUCCACAACCCCAUUUCUCAACUCUUUUGUAUUAAAGCUUUUUUAGGAUCCUUGAAACAUAUAUACAUAUAUAUGUGUAUGUAUACAACCCUGUAAAAUGUCAGCUAUACCCAGUUACUAUUCGCUAGUUUUCGCA